GGAUUGGUUAAAAGAUAUUCGUCCACACUGGAAGAGGCUCCCGAGACGCCCCGGGCUGGCCGUAGCCUGGCCCAUCGGGGGCCCCCAGAGCCAUCUCUGCUCAGGGCGGCCGUCCGACCGCCCCCCGGGCGGACUGCGCAGCGAUGCUCGUGGCGCCCGCUCCAGGUCGACCGGAGGUCACCGGAGCCGCGCAGGCGCCGCGCUCCAAGCCGAAGGACCUCUCCGACGGAUUUUCCAGCGUGCCCACGGUGGAGUUCUCACCGCUGGCGUGCGGCCUGAUCGCCGCGCCGAGGGUGCCGCACGGCGGCAAGGCUCGGGGGCGCCGCGCGGGCGCUCCGCGCGGGGACCCCAGCAACAGCGACGACAGCAACAUGCGCCUUUACCAGGACGCGGAGGCCGUACGCCUCAAGACGCCGCCGGGCACCCAGCGCCUGCUGGCCGGCACCGCGGAGGGCACGGCCCACUCGCCCCUGCACGGCGGGCUCCAGAUCGCCCCGGAGGCCGCGGAGUCGCCGCUGUUCCUGGGGCUGUACUCGGACCCCAACGCCUCGCCGUCCUGCUCGCAGAGGAGCGGGCGGCCAAAGUGCAGCCCGAGCACGCCGACCACGGCCUGCGUCUCGCGGUCCCCGGCGUCGGGGGGCGAGGGGGGCCUGUACGAGCCCGAGCCCGAGCAGAGCAGCACCGACCCCUGACGCCGGAAGGUCAGCUUCCCCCCCGUGGAGGCGGAUAGGUUUCGCCGCGUGAAGGUGGGUGGGUUCCAGCGGCAGGCGGCGCAGCCUCGUGGACGGAUCCCCUCCUCCUCCUUCGCCCUGCCCCCUGCGUUCUUCAUCCUCCUCUCUUCUCGUGCCCCCUUCGGAUCUCACCCCUCACGCCUCCAUCCCCCCUCUCUGCUAUCCAAGAACCUACAGCUGGCUCCUGUUGGCUGCACGCCAACGCCUGCAGAUCAGAACGUACAGCAUACUUGGCGUUUGUUCAGGCAAGCUCGCAGCCGCGAUUUUCGGCGAACUCGGAGGUCCGCGCGGACCUCCGAAAGUCUAUCCUCAGGUCGUUGUUUUUUGGCCCUCUGCAGGAGGAUGUGGGGUACAUGAUGGCAAUAAUAACUACCCUUGUGUGCACAGCGCGUCGGCUCGUCGAGUCAAGGUCAUCCGCUGACGUGCGCCGUAGGCCUCACUGUUCGUGAUGGCUGAAAGGCAGCCCCGAACAUCCGAUCUCGUUGGAGGUCUACAAG